GUCGAUGGAAAGAGCAUUAUAGAACCUAAAUAAAACUUUCAUUAGUGCCGAGCCGUUGUCAAAAUUCUAAAUAUAGAUAUAGUUCUGAAUCAAGUAUAGGCACAGAUUUAGAGCACUGAGCUAGAUAGUGAUGGCGACUGCGGCCGUGUACCUGGAACAGUACCUGGACAGUCUGGACUCGCUUCCUGAGGAGAUGCGGGAAAAAUUUGACAGGAUCCGGCAACUAGACCAUAAGGUCAUGGAUGAGCACAAGCGUGCAGAGAGUAAGAAGCUGGCCCUGUUCAAGGACCUGAAGAGUGGGCGAAAGAUGGAGGACAAGGAGAAGAAGAGACGCAUCACAGAGAUCCAGGCACUCUACAGAGAGUGCAAUUCCAUCAGCGACCAGAAGUGCCAACUAGCCAGUCAGGCCUACGAAAUGAUCGAUAAGCACAUCCGAAAACUAGAUACUGAACUAGCCCGAUUUGAGACAGAAUUGAAACAGCAGCAAAUGGAACAACUCAAUCCAUCCAGUACCGCAGUUACGCAUACACGUGGUGACGCACACGGAAGCCGAGCAAAUAAAAACUCGGGUCACAACUCAGCCAAUAAGACUUCAACAUCGGGUGGACAAUCGGCGGAUACUGGAAAGAGAAAGCGAAAGAACGAAUCUAGUAGCGCUGAGUCGUCUGCGAAUAAAAAUUCGAAUAUAAAAAGUUCCGGUUCUGGCCUUGAAAUCUUGUCGGCCGCUGGUGGGGCUGGGGGAGGGGCCAAUAGUGGGGCUGCUAUCUUGGGUCUUCCUGAUCUGAUUGGGGGCACAGUUGAUGUGUUGGACAUGCCUGUUGACCCGAAUGAGCCCACAUAUUGUCUCUGUCAACAGGUGUCCUACGGGGAAAUGAUCGGAUGCGACAAUCCUGAUUGUCCAAUUGAAUGGUUUCACUUCAAUUGUGUCGGACUGUCUGCCAAACCUAAAGGAAAAUGGUUUUGCUCACGAUGCAGCGCAGAAAGGAAAAAGAAGCUGACUGCAGUUGUCCAAUGAACGAGGUAGAGCUAAAAAGAGAAAGAAAUCAAAACUAUUUUGGCGAAACUGAAAUUCUGUGCAAUUAAAAUAUUUUAGUAAACUUUUCUUCUUUGAUUUAAUUUUUUUUAUUAAUGUCAUUAUGUUUCUGACAAUGUUCUUUUCUCAGAAUAAUAUAUUACUCUGAAAUAGUUAAUUUAAACCGUCUCGAUGU